AUGGAAGUGGAAGUUCUGAGCACACCAAAGCCAAACUGGCUAGAACUUCCUAGAGACAUAACAAUGAACAUACUGCAGAGACUUUGUACACUUGAUAUAGUUACAAGUGCAUCUGUUGUGUGCCCUCUUUGGUGGAACAUUUGCAAGGAACCUCUCAUGUGGUCCACCAUUGACAUGAUUACCGGUAUCUGCAUUGACAUAAUCACCGAUCUCUCUCAGAUUUGUCGCUAUGCUGUUGAUAGAAGUUGUGGUCAUCUCAAAGACAUUUAUAUUAAGAAAUUUGGUACAGAUGAUCUCCUGAUUCAUAUAGCUAAAAGUGCCAGUCACCUAAGAUCCAUAAGGCUUAAAAAAUGCUAUGACAUUUCAACUGCAGCAUUCAAUGAAGUUGUGAAGAAUCAGCCAUUCUUAGAAGAGCUUGACAUUUUUCAUUGUUAUGAUUAUGACCAAAGUACCGAUUUUUUUGAGUUUAUCGGCCAUAGUUGUCCACUAUUGAAAUCACUGAAAUUUAGUCCUCGUAUUGAGAAAGUAGGUGAUGAUAAAUGUGACGAUCUAGCCCUUGCUAUUGCUAAAACAAUGUCUAAGCUCCGGCACCUUUCAAUUUUGAAUAACGAACUCACCAACAAUGGAUUACUAGCUAUUCUAGAUGGAUGUCCUCUUCUUGAAUCUCUCGACAUUCGAGGAUGUCUUUAUGUUGAUUUGGAUGGAAGUUUGGGGGAAAGAUGCAGUGCGCAGAUCAAAGAAUUACGUUUUCCAUCCGAUUUAAUAGAUCAUAAAUUUAACUUUGAAGAUUUUCUGAACCAUUUUCAUAUUGGAUUGAGUGGUUUUCUAGAUAGUUUUGAUUUUUCAGUGGCAGACAAGCUUAAGGAAAUUGAAAUUGAUUAA